ACAGCUUAUUAUACUUUGCAUGGUUAGUUUUUCGUUUUAUAUAAGUCGUCAUGAUUUAAAACGAAACUAAAACAAUGGGGGAUGUAUACGAUUAUUUGUUCAAAAUAAUUGCAGUUGGAGACAAUGAUGUUGGAAAAACCAGCUUUAUAAAACGGUUCACUACUGGACAUUUUCAGGGAAAUAUGAAGUCUACCAUUGGUGUAGAUUUUUCUGUACACACGUUGCAACUUGAUAGCAAAAUAGUAAAGCUACAAAUUUGGGACACUGCAGGGCAAGAAAGAUUUAGAAGUAUUAUAAGAAGAUAUUUUCGUAAUGCACAUGCCGCAUUAGUUAUGUAUGACGUCACUAACACCGAAUCUCUCCAAAGUUGCAUCGGAUGGAUAAACGACGUCAGAAUAAAAUGUGGCGAAGACAUUCCACAAAUAUUAUUAGGAAAUAAAUGUGAUAAAGUAAGCUGUCGGACAGUAAGUUCGUCUGAUGGCGAACACUUUGCAAGGGAACAUGAUAUGAUGUCUUUUUUAGAAACAAGCGCAAAAGAUGGCCAAAAUGUAGAUGCUGCUUUUUAUAAAUUGGCUCAGGCAAUGGCCAGAACAUAUUCUGCACCUGUGGAUUAUAUUUAUGACUCAAUUAUGCUUGAAUCUAUACCUGACAAUACUGCAUCUUGGUGGGGAUGUUGUGGAUAUUAACAAUGGAAAUAUUUACAAAGUGAUUGAAAUUAGAGGAAAUGUUUGACGUUUUCUUUCUAACGCUUCGCAUGAGGCUUUGAUGUAUUUUAAAAAGUGUAA